CAGGGCUACGCGCGCACCCUUGCGAGCUGAUUUGCUUCAGAGAUCACAGCGGUGCAGGCCACGAGACGGAAUAGUCGUGCUGGAUAACGUGUUUUUCCUUUUACUCAGUAAAAACUCUCACAAUGAUCAUCGUGGUUGAGGAUCAGGAAGCCUUUGACAAAACUUUGGCAGAAGCAGGAGACAAACUUGUUGUGGUUGACUUCACAGCCACAUGGUGCGGACCCUGUCAGAGUAUUGCUCCCUUUUACAAGAGUCUGUCUGAAAAAGAAGGCAACUCCGUAGUGUUCCUUAAGGUAGACGUGGAUGACGCACAGGAUGUGGCCCAGUCUUGUGAGAUCAAAUGUAUGCCAACAUUCCACUUUUACAAGAAUGGAAAGAAGAUUGAUGAAUUCUCUGGGUCCAAUCAGGCGAAACUGGAGGAGUUGGUGAAUAGCCAUAAGUGAAGGGACUCGAGUGCACACGAAGCUUAGCCUAAACACACCAGCUCUCAGUAUCCCUCAGGCAUGGUUUGGUCACUUAAUGAGCUUCGGUCCAGUUAGUAGUGAGGUGUCGUAUAGUAAUGGCAGGCUUGCCUUCCUCAUGUCACUGAAUUGCCAUAAGUAAAGGUCAGUCUGUACUGUUUGUCAUUUUGUUCUUCUUAAACCAUGUAGCCUCACUUUUUAUGCUCAGAAAGCUCACCUGUGUCACCUGAUUCAGGUCUAAUAAAUGAAUACAGUUCUACACAACACA